UGCAGCCCGCGGAGCCUCCCGCCCGCCCGGGCUGGGGUCUCGCCGGCCCGGACUCCCCACCCCGCCCGCCGCGGCCAUGGAGGACGAGCGGAAGGACGGAGCCUACGGGACCCCUCAGAAGUACGACCCCACCUUCAAGGGACCCAUCUACAACAGGGGCUGCACGGAUGUCAUCUGCUGUGUGGCUCUCCUCCUGGCCAUCGUGGGCUAUGUGGCAGUGGGCAUCAUAGCUUGGACCCACGGCGACCCCCGCAAGGUGGUCUACCCCACUGACAGCCGCGGCCAAUUCUGCGGGCAGAAGGGCACGAGAAACGCGAACAAACCCUUCCUGUUUUAUUUCAACAUUGUGAAGUGUGCCAGCCCCCUGGUCCUGUUGGAAUUCCAGUGUCCCACCCCCCAGAUCUGCGUGGAAAAGUGCCCAGACCGCUACCUCACCUACCUCAACGCCCAGAACUCCCGCGACUUCGAGUACUACAAGCAGUUCUGUGUGCCCGGCUUCCAAGGCAAUAAGGGUGUGGCCGAGGUGCUCCGUGAUGGCGACUGUCCCGCCGUGCUCUUCCCCAGCAAACCCCUGGCCCGGAGGUGCUUCCCAGCCAUCCACGCCCAGAAGGGGGUCCUCAUGGUGGGCAACCAGACGACCUACGAGGAUGGGAGUGGCGCGCGGAAAAACAUCACGGAGCUGGUGGAAGGCGCCAAGAAAGCCAAUGGGGUGCUGGAGGCGCGGCAGCUGGCCAUGCGGAUUUUUGAAGAUUACACCGUGUCGUGGUACUGGAUUGUCAUAGGCCUGGUCAUCGCCAUGGUGCUCAGCCUCCUGUUCAUCACCUUGCUGCGCUUCCUGGCUGGCAUUAUGGUCUGGGUGAUGGUCGUCAUGGUGAUUUUGGUGCUAGGCUACGGCAUACUCCACUGCUACAUGGAGUACUCGCGGCUGCGAGGCGAGGCCGGCUCCGACAUCUCCCUGGUGGACCUGGGCUUCCAGACGGACCUCCGCGUGUACCUGCACCUGCGGCAGACCUGGAUGGCUUUCAUGAUUAUCCUCAGCGUCCUGGAAGUGGUUAUCAUCCUCCUGCUCAUCUUUCUCCGGAAGAGGAUCCUCAUCGCCAUCGCGCUCAUCAAGGAAGCCAGCAGGGCUGUGGGAUCCGUCAUGUGCUCCUUGCUGUACCCUCUGGUCACCUUCUUCCUGCUCUGCCUUUGCAUCGCCUACUGGGCCAGCACUGCGGUCUUCCUGUCCACUUCCAACGAAGCCAUCUAUAAGGUUUUCGAUGAGGACAACGUCGGCUGCCCGCUCGUGGGGAGAACCUGUAACCCAGAGAUCUUCCCCUCCUCCAACGAGUCCCGCCUGUGCCCCAACGCCCGCUGCCAGUUCGCCUUCUACGGGGGCGAGUCCGGCUACCACCGGGCGCUGCUGGGUCUGCAGAUCUUCAACGCCUUCAUGUUUUUCUGGCUGGCCAACUUCGUGCUGGCGCUGGGCCAGGUCACCCUGGCCGGGGCCUUCGCCUCCUACUACUGGGCCCUGCGCAAGCCGGACGACCUGCCCGCCUUCCCCCUCUUCUCUGCCUUCGGCCGCGCGCUCAGGUACCACACUGGCUCCCUGGCCUUCGGCGCCCUCAUCCUGGCCGUCGUGCAGAUCAUCCGAGUGAUCCUCGAGUACUUGGAUCAGCGUCUAAAAGCCGCACAGAACAAGUUCGCCAAGUUCCUCAUGACUUGUCUCAAGUGCUGCUUCUGGUGCCUGGAGAAAUUCAUCAAGUUCCUCAACAGGAACGCCUACAUCAUGAUCGCCAUCUACGGCACCAACUUCUGCACGUCGGCCCGGAACGCCUUCUUCCUCCUCAUGCGGAACAUCAUCCGAGUGGCCGUCCUGGACAAAGUCACCGACUUCCUCUUCCUGCUGGGCAAACUCCUGAUCGUGGGCAGUGUUGGAAUCCUGGCUUUCUUCUUCUUCACCCACCGCAUCCGGAUCGUGCAGGACACGGCACCCCCUCUCAACUACUACUGGGUCCCCAUCCUGACGGUGAUUGUCGGCUCCUACCUGAUCGCCCACGGCUUCUUCAGCGUCUACGGCAUGUGCGUGGACACGCUGUUCCUCUGCUUCUUGGAGGACCUUGAACGCAACGACGGCUCUGCGGAGAGGCCGUACUUCAUGUCGUCCACCCUCAAGAAGGUCUUGAACAAGACCAACAAGAAGCCGGCCGAGUCCUAGAGGCGCCGCCCGCGGCCCGCGGAGGGACAGGGACUGGACACUGGGGGCCGGAAGCAGCCCGGACUCCCCCGGCCGGGCCCCUCCCCGGGGCUGGGCGGCCGGAAGUCCGACGAUGAUGGUGGUGGUGGCCAUGGCCGUCGAGGUGUGAGGUUCUACUCCGUCCGUCUGGACAGCGGGAGGGGCCGCCGCGGAGUGCCUUCAUGCGUCCCCUGCGCCGGGCUGGGAGGGGGCGCCCCCGGGUCUCCUGGCCGGAGCUCCGGGCCCAGUGCCAGUGGAGAGGAACCGGGGGUGGGCAGGUGCCCCGGGCUGACCAGGCGCCUCUGCGCAGGCGCUGUGGCUCCUCGGGGGGUGGGGGGUCUGCUGGCCAAACUUGUUGACCUUAGGGGAGCUGCCUUGCUCCCCCUCUGCCGGCCACAUCGCGCGCCCUCCCCCUCCCGGCCCCCAAUUUCACAGUCACGCGUACAGCCCAGGACCCUGCAGAGGGAGACUCUCCCAUGUCCAGGCCCGGCGUCCGCAGCCUCCUGCGCCCCAGCCCCACGCGGUAAUAAAGUGCCUAUUGUACA